GCAGCCUGCAGUUCGCCCUUAGGACAGACGUCUGUUGUACCUUGACUCCCGCAGUCCGCUCAAGCCGGUCUGUGCUCAGUGUCUUGUGUACCUUCUUGCAAGCGACGGCGCCAUGAGUAUGACUUCCAGCGUACGAGUUGAAUGGAUUGCAGCGGUUACCAUUGCUGCUGGGACAGCUGCCGUUGGUUAUCUAGCUUACAAAAGAUUUUAUGUCAAAGAUCAUCGCAACAAAUCUAUGGUAAACCCUCACAUCCAGAAAGACAACCCCAAGGUAGUACAUGCUUUUGACAUGGAGGAUUUGGGAGAUAAAGCUGUGUACUGCCGUUGUUGGAGGUCCAAGAAGUUCCCACUCUGUGAUGGCUCUCACACAAAACACAAUGAAGAAACUGGAGACAACGUGGGACCUCUGAUCAUUAAGAAAAAAGACACUUAAAUGGACACUUUUGAUGCUGCAGACCAACUUGUCAUGAUGUUUCCUGAUCGUUUAAUUAGAAUGAGUACCACUUGUGUCUAAUUCACCUCCCCUGGGUUCUAGAUGUGGUAUAUUGCAAACUACAGCUUUCAUAUUCACGGCAUUUGCCUUACUUGUUGAACCAUCGUGGUGCACAUUUGUUGAAACAAAAAAAAAAGGAAAAUCCAGUCUCAUGGACUGUGGGUUAUUUUGGUCUUGUAAGGAUCCGUUUCUUUACAUUUAAAUAAUGACAUUACAAUAUAGCUGUAUGGCGAAGUUAACGUAUUAAAUUAUUCUCAAAAUCAUGUCUGUGCAGAUUGUACUUGUAAGUUUCAAAGAAAAAUUAUCACCAUUUAAUAUUAGUUAACCUAGAAAGUAAAUUGGGUGUGAUUAAACUACGUUAAUCUCUUAAUAACAAUCUA